AUGGCAACUGAUUAGUAUCCUUUGGCCGUAUUGUAAAUUGGUUGGUAAUUUUUGUAGCGUAAUUCGGGCGUGUGCUUCAUUUGCGCGUAAACUGAAAGAAACUGGCCAUUUAUUCUCGAGACUGCCGCCCAAGAGCGUAUUUACCGCUUUAUUUUGUAGUGACGAAUGAUGGUAACGUGUUUUCUACCACACCCUUGACUGGCACUGGGAUCGUUUGCAUGUUUAUUGGUUCGGCCGUGUUCCUGGUUGGUUGUAUCCCGUCGCGAGUGUCUAUUCCUCCUGAGCGUGGAGUAUUAGUGUAAAUGUUAGCUAAGUUAAUGGUGUGCAGUGCUUAACCGUAUUUUUUGGACGUGAUUGAUAUUGAUGGGCUGUGUAUACGAGGAUCAGGCGGCUAGGAAGCCGCAUCAGUGGUGUCUCGAUUUCUGGAGGGUCUACGUUAAAAUCCGCCACACUGGAACUGAUGGAAUUGGAGAAUAUUGUCGCCAACACUGUUUACUUGAAAGCCAGAGAGGGUGGUUCCGAUAGCAACAAGGGCAAGAGCAAGAAGUGGCGGAAGAUCCUACAGUUCCCACACAUAUCACAAUGUUUAGAUAUAAAAACAAAAAUAGAUGUAGGUUACGACUACGUAGUAGACCAGCAGCCGAUCGGCAAACUCCUGUUCCGGCAGUUUUGUGAGAACAGGCCUCAGUACCACAAGUACAACAGCUUUCUCGAUGCGACGGAGAAGUAUGAGGUGGAAGUGGACGAAUCGCGAACAGCGCUCGCGGGCGAAGUGUUCGCGAGGUUCCUGACCGAUGAUGCAGACGCUGUGACCGACGUGCUCAGCUCCAGGGUCAUUGAAGAGGCCAAGAGUUCCUUAGAAGGCGGCUCCAAAGACAUAUUCGCGGAAUGCAUCAGAUGCGUGAAGAGUUUCCUCGCCGGCACUCCGUUUGCGGAGUUCGAGCGUUCGAUGUACUUCCACCGGUACUUGCAGUGGAAGUGGCUCGAGGCGCAGCCGGUCACCCAGCACACGUUCCGGAUGUACCGAGUGCUUGGCAAGGGCGGGUUUGGCGAGGUGUGCGCGUGUCAGGUGCGAGCGACAGGCAAGAUGUACGCGUGUAAGAAAUUAGAAAAGAAAAGGAUAAAAAAACGCAAGGGAGAGGCGAUGGUGCUCAUCGAGAAGCAGAUCUUGCAGAGGAUAAACUCGCGGUUCGUGGUUAACUUGGCGUACGCGUACGAAACGAAGGACGCCUUGUGUCUCGUUCUCACUAUUAUGAACGGUGGUGACCUGAAGUUCCACAUCUACAACAUGUGCGGGGCGGACACGGGCUUGGGCCUAGAACGGGCGAGGUUCUACGCGGCUCAAGUGGCGUGUGGCUUGGAGCAUUUGCACAAAAUGGGCAUCGUUUAUAGGGACUGCAAGCCGGAGAACAUAUUACUAGAUGACGCGGGUCACGUGCGGAUAUCAGACUUGGGGCUCGCGGUCGACGUGCCCGAGGGGGGCAGCGUGCGCGGCCGCGUGGGCACUGUGGGCUACAUGGCACCGGAGGUGAUAGACAACGAACGCUACACGUUCAGCCCGGAUUGGUUCUCGUUCGGUUGUCUCGUGUUCGAGAUGAUCGAGGGCCGGGCGCCGUUCCGGGCGCGCAAGGAGAAGGUCAAACGGGAAGAGGUCGACCGCAGAGUCAAGCACGAACAGGAGAAGUACUCGCACAAGUUCAGCGAGUGCGCGCGGUCGCUGUGCGCGGCGCUGCUGGCCAAGAGCGCAGCGUCGCGGCUUGGCUGCGGCGGCGGACGACGCGGCGCGACGCUGGUGAAGGCGCACCGCUUCUUCUCGCAGCUCAACUGGGCGCGCCUCGAGGCAGGCAUGGUCGCCGCGCCCUUCGUGCCCGACCCGCACGCAGUAUACGCGAAGGACGUGCUCGACAUAGAGCAGUUCUCGACCGUGAAGGGCGUGAACCUGGACGCGGGCGACGACACCUUCUACGGGAAGUUCAACACGGGCUCCGUCAGCAUCCCGUGGCAGGCCGAGAUGAUCGAGACCGGCUGCUUCGCUGAGCUCAACGUGUUCGCCAGAGGUGAGGACGGCAAGGAAGCGCCCACAAAUGACCUCCAGCUGACAGCAGACGCGCCGUCGCCGGAAGAACACAACGGGUGCUUCACGUUCGCGAGACGGACGCUAUGUCCCCAAAAGAAAGUCCCGGCCCGGUUACGUCCCGUGCCGGUCCCGGAACACCUGCUGCAGCCCGCGGCCCCCAACACCACCAGCUGACCGGAACUAGACAAGGACUGCAAGUAGGAUCAUACACGCGAUAUUGAUUUUGUUGUUGUGGUGGAGGCUUCUGCAGGGUGACUUCAUACAUCGACAUGAUUCUGUCUACAUGUUCAGUCCACGACACUGAACGACUUAUAUUUAAACUAUCGCUGGUUAAGAGAUCCCUUCAUAGGAUAAAUCCGCCAUUGUAUUUAUUAUUUCUUGUUAUGUAUGUACAUUUAAUAAGUGUUCUUUGUACAAUAAAAACAUUUCAUACGGGAGCAACCCCGAAAUCGCGUAAAUAUGACGUUGCUGAUCCAUUUCCAUUUUAGAUAAAGAAAUAUGAAAAGUUUGUUUAUAAUAUAUUUGUUGUACAAAGAGCACGUCAUGUUAAAAGUUACAUAACAAGGAGGUAAAUAAAAAUAAGAAUUUUAUUUAUUUUUCUUCACAAAAAAGUACAUGUAUUUUAUGCAAUCAUUGGAACUUAUGCUAGUUAUGGUAUUUUGUGAAAACUGGUGCUUGAAAUAGACAAAAACAGCCUGUCAUACAAGACACCAGGCCCCACCUCCAAAAUAGUAUUUUUCACUUACAUAGCAGAUAAAAAAGAAACAGCGUAUUUAAUUGUGUAUUAAAACUAAAUAAAAAUGAAGAAAUUUAUUGUUAGUAUAAAUAUAAUGAUAUCCAUAAUAGUAAAUAAUGUAUAAUAUACAUAGGUAUAUAAAAAGAUAGGUUUUCUAAUCAAAAAUGUGGAAAAUAAAGUGCGGAUUUAUCCUAUGAAGGGAAAAACUCCUUUAAUUCAACCAGCGAUAGUUGAAAUAUAUAUAUUUAGCUGUUCAGUGUCUAAUAACUAAGCAUGUAGACAAAAUAAUGCCAAUGUAUAAAAAGUCAUUGUGUACAUGGAGAGGGCUAUUUGGGUCAUACGAAAAAAAAAAAAAGCCAAAUAUGAUGUGUCCAAUGUUACCGAGUUGAUUGGUGGAUAAAAUCAUCAAUAUAAGAAGUUAUUUGUAAGACAGCCAACGUUAAAAUUACUAUAGUAAACUGAUAUUUAAUUUAUGUGAAGAUUUGAAGUUUUUGUAUACAGGGUUACACGUUAAACACAGGCUAGAUAUUUUUUUUUAAUAUGCUCAUAUCGAAUCAAUUUCUACAAUACUCUAGAAAUGUUGUUGUUUAUAAUGUUAGCUAUCAAGUCCUGUAAGGUUACUUGUAACUCUGUAUAUAGCAAAGGUACUGGAAAAAAUAUAGGGCAAUUUUUGGCUAUGCCAUACAUUUUUUACCGGUUCCCUUUCAGUUCAUAUAAAUUAUUUUGAUCAAAUUUGACCAGGUAAUAGUGAGCUAGACUCUUUGAAGAACGCGCAUUUGAUUUAUUUAUGACGAGAUUUCUAUGUAUGUAGUGUAUAGUGGCUUACUUACUUCCUAGUGUAUAGUGAGUAAGAACGUGUUUUUAAGACAGCAUUAUGUGUUGAUAAGAACAAUAGAAAGAUUUAUCAUAUAUAAUUUAUACAAUGUGACAUGUUUGAAUGAUAUUUGUUUACAUAGGGGAUGAGAACUGGGAAAAUCUAAACGCAACCAAAAAAUAAAAUAUAAAUAAUUACAUCAAUUGAUUUUUGAAAACCAUUCAGUUUCAUUCAUUCAGUUCGAAAAACCACUGAUUUAUAAUAUGACAAUUUUUAUGUUUAUAAAGAAAAUACUAAAAUAGCACAUUUAUAAAAUAAAAAAAAUAUUACAGUCUAUAUGCAAAAUCAAUGGUAAUUUAUAUUUUUUGAAAUAGGAAUAAAAUUAGCAGGAAAGACAGAGAUAUAGAAUGGAGAAGUUACGUAGGAAAAUCAUAAUACCAAAAGACGUAUGUGAUUUUGAAGUCGCAAAAUUAUUGACAUCAAAAAUCAUGUAGACAUUUUUUUAUAUGUUUUUUUUGUAUAACUACACGUUUAUAUACAGGUAUAUCAAUGACACUUUUGCUAUUAGUGUUAUAUAUAGAUAGAUAAAUGCAAUGUAGUACAAUAGGCGCAAUAUAAAUGCAAUGUUUUUUGUGUAUAACUGUACAGAGAGACUGACGCUUGACUAUACAUGUGUGGUUUUGUUUCUGGGGUAUGUUCAAGGAUUUUAUUACUUUUGCAUCGGUUAAUUUUUCAAACCUAAAUAAUAAAAGUUAAUUUUCAUUUCUCUUUGAAAAAUGUCUAUAUUUCUUCAGAUUUCUAUUGUAUACGUAUUAUUGAGCAGCAUAAGAAUAAUUUUAAACAAUAUUUAAAUCCAAAUGCACUUUCUUUACCUGUAAAUAUUUCGCGAUUUUUUUAAUUUUACAUCUAAAAAAAAACCAUAUUUUUGAACAAGAAAGCAUUUUUUGUACAGUAUUAUGAUGUAUUUUAUAUGAUAAUGACGCGGCCACUGCAUUUCAUAUGUCGAGAUCAUGAACAAUUUAGUUUUAAGACACAGUAUAGCCUUCACUCAAGUUUCUUACUAGAGAGAGAGAGAGAGGUAAUAUAAAAAUUAUACUAGUUUUUUAUACACAGUAUGUUUUGUUUUAGAAGAUGAACUACUAGAUUUUCGCCAAAACAUAUUAAAUAUAUAAAAAAUGCGUUACGUAUAUUUCGACUGAAUUGAGUUUUUGUUUCUAAUAUAGUGGGCCAUACAUCUCAUAGCAUAACAAAAUUAUAUUACCUUCUAUAAUAAUAAUAAGAACUUCCAAAACAAGAUUGCUUAUUUUUAUCGACAGUGUAGUCGUGUUGUGCGGCCCACUGUACAUAGACGACAAUUUGUAUAUUUUUGUAAAUAGUAUUGAACGAUUCGAAAGAAAAAACUAAUUUAAGUUAAUAAACUAUAUAAUGAAAUUCCAGAAACACUUCGCCAGAAUUUAUAAUGAUAUUAUAUUUUAUUUUGCUAUUUACGUAUAUUGUAUUCAACUCACUUACUGACCAAGGAAUAAUUGAAAACAAAAUCGCAUUUAUUUAUCAUUUCAUACUGUAAAUGAAACUGUGGUGAUUACGAAGCCAGCACUAUUAAGAACUUUUUGAUGCAAAAUACAUAUAUUGCUAUCUCUUUCGUCUGCGGUCCGACCUCUCUUUCCUAUGCAUUGCGAAUUAUAGUUAUACCUUUCACCGCGCAAGGAGAGCUCAUGCUAAAUAAAGAGAUGCAAUAUUUGUACUUUGCACACGAAAGAAUGACAAUUUGUAUAAUUAACUUUAAAAAUGGAUGUUGUAAAAUAUAUAUAUAUAUAAUAUAAUUCGAUAUGCAGCGGUGUAUGUCUGUAUUUCGUGCUUUUACCAAAUUACUUCAAAUCAAAAGUUUGUUAAAAUAAAAGGAAAAAUGCAGCUGUAUCCGCUUUACCAAUAAAAUGACUGACAUACAUUUAUUAUAAUUUUUGUUUAUCUAUGAUUUAAUUUUAGCGUCUCUGAACCUACCAUAAAUUAUGAAUAUACCUGGUUUUCUCAUCUAAUUGGUUGUACGUUUAAAAAGUGUGUCAUUUUUUUGGUAAGUAAUGCUUUAUUUGUAACGAGUAUUUUCAAUUAAUUCUGUAAUAUUGUGGAAAUGCUUAUAUUUUUCUGAGUAGGCAAAAGUGUAUUAAAAGUACCAAAAGCAUGGAUACAUACAUUUUUAUAAUCGAGCAAUAAUGUGGAAACGAAUUUUCUGUGUAUCCUUUGUCUAUGAUAUUUAAUAAAAUCUAUGUAAUUUGUGGUUUUGGCCGAUCAUUUUAAAUCAUAUUAUUCUGGUCUGAUGUAAAUUUGUGUACGUACGUAGGUUGGUAUUUGUAAAUGUAGGCACCGCACAAGUCCGCAAUAUUUUGACGCCAUGUUUUGUACAUUGCCAGUAUAAAAAAAUAUACUUCCAUAUUAUAUUAGUGUGUAAGUAUUAUUAAUGCAUUUUGAUGUGUACCUACCUUUAUAGUGUAUUGUAAUAUUUCAAAAGUCUAAAACAAUGUAAUUUUUAGCCUUGCGGUGUUUUUUGAAGGGGUAAUUUGUGUAAGAUAGUAUUAUGAUCAUUUUUGAAUUUUUUCUUUGCAGCCAAAUACAAAAACACCGAUACAGCUAUCGGUGUUUUUCUUCAAUAGUUUUUUCUCGUCCAUUCCAAAUUCAAAUUGCCAAUAAAUUAAUAUGGUGUUCGCAAUUCAAAUGGACGAAGUGAUUAUAUCGAAUACCUAAUAUUUAGAAAUGCUAUAAUACAGGGGUUUUAAGUUUUUAUAAUCGUAUUAUUCAUAAAAAAGUAAAAUAGGAUCUCGAUCUGUGAACGUCAAAGAUUGUUAAAUAUAUAUUAACAAAAGUAACUUUUUUAUGAAUAGUAAAGCAAGUUCUGAAACAUUUUCUUAGGACUGUAUUAUAAAAAAAAAACAAACCACAGAAUAUUAUUAUUUUCUCCUUUUUUCAUACUCUUUCUUUUUCUGUAUAACGUUUCCUCUAAAUUAUUGUUUAUUGUUAUGUAAAUAUAAUCAAAGUUCGAUUAACAUUACAAUCAUUACAAAAAGUCGAAUAUUCACUCUACAUUACUUCUCGUGCCUAAUGUAUUACGAUGUUCCCGAAUAGUUUUGUACAAAAUGGAAUAUUUUUAACAUGACAAACAUGAUGACAUAUUUACAGUGAAUAUUUGAUUUGGCUAAAUUUUGGAGGCAUCGCUUUUUUAUUCAUAUCUCAAUGAAGGAUGUAACGCAAUUUAAUUUGUAUAUUGCUCUCUGCGUUGCCGAUCGAUAGUCUUUCAAUAGACAAUCGAUAGUUGAAGCAAAAGUAUCGACAGGCUAUCGAAAGCCCAAAAGGAGGUAAUUUUAUUAAUAGUUUCUUUUAUUUACGAGAAAUGAAUGCUACUGAUAAAGACUAUCGAUAGUAUAAAAUAAAUAUGCAAUAGAAUUGAUACUGUCGCUACCUGAUUUUAUGCUAUCGACAAUUAAUAUGAUCGAAAUUAUCGAUAUAUUAACGUUAAUUUUUAGCCUCAGUCGUAACGGAAAAAACGUUGUCGUAGAGAGAAUUGUAUCUUAAUAACAAAAUUCCUGUCGCCUCAACAGAUACGAAUAAAAAGCAAUGGUUCUAAGGACAGUAAAGUGUUUCUAAGAUGUAAAUGUGUUGAAUUUGGUGCAUUUGAGCGUGCUCAACGUCAAGAGCUCAAAAUGUAAAUUUUUUUAAGUGUACCACGUUGUUAAAGAGUGUACAGUGGCGAUUCGGGGGUAAUAUUACGCCGGGUUCCCACUGUCGGUAAACAGUUCGCCAAAUUCAAAUUUUGCUGUUUCGACGUACAUUGUUGGUUUUUCAUUGCGAUAAAUAAAAGCUCUUAUACAAACUACGCAAUGUUCGCGCAUUCGCGUCUGUAUGUCUGAGUUCGGCGACAGCGUGGAGCCGGUAUAAGCUAUUUUUAGAACUGAAAGGCAAUUUUUCACGUAAAAUUUAUAAGAUGUUACUAUCUUUCGCUCGCGUCUUCACUCGUGUGAAUUUCAGUAAUUAGUACCCUGUCCUUUUCCGUAAUGUUAACUAUUUGUGUGCGGAAAUUCAAGAUGAUUGUCUGGAAAUCGCCUUAAGGCAUAAGACAUGACUUAUAGACUACCGCCAUCUAGCGGUAGUCAUAUUUACACAUUAUCGAACUGAAUGGACAAGUUUUAAGUCGUUCUUAGCUGCAGGUAAAUUGUUGUUAUAGUAGAUUGAUAUCUAAUUUGUAAUAAUCUAUCAAUGCAAUUUUAAAAUGCAAUUUAUUAUUUUGUAAAAGAAAUGCGUCACUAGUUAUAGCAUAAUGACAUUUUAUCAAAGCGUCAUUGUGGCAAAAUGUCAUUCUUGAGAAAUGUUUUUAGUGUUAAAAAUUUAUAUUGUCUUUCAACCUGUCGAGGUUGGCAUAAUUAUCAUUUGGCUAAAACAUGUUGCCAUCAACUUUAAUAGUAAAUUUGUAAAUAGAGAUCGUGACUGAUUUUUUCACAAUACAAAAUAAUUUUGUUCUUCGCCAAUAUUAAUUAAUAAAUAUUUGUUGAUAAUUAACCCCGGAUCGUCGAUUCCGCAAUCGCAGAAACUAAUAUAUGUUUUAAGCGUUUAAUAGAGUAACUUGUCACCGAAUUUUGUAUGAAUUUACAUUGUGCGUUAUAUAUUAUUUAUUAUAUACGAUCAUACCUGUAUUAUACUCACUCGAGGCAUUUUCGAUAUGUGUAUUGUGCGACUGGGCUUUUGAAUAUAUUGUUGAAGUUUUAAUAAACGAAUUUCAGUAUUUUAAAGUCUCUUAAGAUUUGACACAAAAUGCAUAAACAUUUUUUUUUUAUUAAAUAGACGAUUAACGGUUAAUAGGAGUCGGGUUAAGAGUAUUUUUCACAACACUUGCCCGAAAUAUUAUGGUAAUUGUGUUUGAAUACGUUUUACUUGUCUUCAAGUGUAUUGAUAAACGUCUUGUGACCAAGAGACUUAUAUGCUAACUGGAAUGAUUACGAAUGACAAAUGUCAAAAUAAUGACAUUGAAAACUGGACCUAUUUGCUUUGUUAUAAAGAUCACAUUUCCACAAUGUCCGCGUGCCAAUACCUAAAGUUUCUGAAAUUGGGCACGAAAUUUGUAGCUAUCCCUUUCUGGCAAACUGUUAAUGUCGUAUGCAAGAAAAAAAUGUCUACAAAUUUUAAAACUAAGUUUAAGAAUGGCUUUGCUUAUUCGUAAGCAUUCUAGUUUAGUAUUACAAAUUCUUUGACAUACGUUUGCAUUGAUCACAUAUUUUAUGAUAAUUCCCACCUCAUAUGUGAUGACUUUUGGACCCUCGCAUCAUAAUGUAUUCUUACAGUUGCGCAUGUCCGAAUACUCUUUGUACAAUCAAGAGCAUAUCAAGUUGCCUUGUAUGAACCUCUAUAUCGCGGUAAUAGCGGCGAGUUUGCAAUGAAUUUACGUAGGUUAAUGUGCUGACUGUACAUGAAAUACAUUAUUAUGUUUUCAUUUAAAUUUAAUCAUAAUUUUUCGUCAAAGAAUCUACGUAUGGAAAACUUUGACAAUGUAUUUAAACAACACACGCGUAGAGACUGUUCAAUCUAAUAAUUAAUUUGUCCAAUUUAUUAUAAAAAAUAUUGACUAAAGAUAAAUCAACAGUCAUACUCAGAUGUUACAAUGUAUAGAAUAACUCCAUACUAUAAUAUGUGGCUGUCCAAAUCGAAAGGGGCCUUUUGGCGCCCGGUACUUACGCCACUAUUGCCGUUGUCAAUAAAGGCAUCGGCAAUAAAGACAUAAGUGCCAGCCGCUAUAAGGCCCCUUUUUGAUUUGGACGUCCACAUAUAUGGGCUUCCGCUGCAUCGAGCUGGGUAUCAGCGGACCAUCUGACGUGCCAAAGAGAGAACGGAUCCAUCACGGGUCGUGUGUUUCUGUCACACCCAAGAUAUGCGAAUGAGCCAAUUCGAAACAGCGGACACCCUAAAUAUCUUUCUAAUAAUAUAAAUGCGAAAGUUUGUAGGAUGGUAUGUUAUGGACGGAUUGUUAUGAAAUUUAGUACACGGGAAUAUAAUCUGGGUACUUUACUAACAUAUGGGGUACUUUUUAUCUCGAAAUUCCCACAAACAAUCCGUUUAACAAAUCCUUAACUUUUUAUGCACCUGUUUUACUGUUCAAACCUUGUAUUCAAUAAGCAACAUUGAUGCGCGAAUAAUUUUCCUAUUAUUUACAAGAGCGAGAUGCACGAUUUGUUAUUGCAUAGUGCGCGAAUCCACCAAUCUAGUUCUUUUGUUUUGUUGCCAACAUUACGAAAGAGAUAGCAAUAGUAUUUAAUAAAUAAUUUAAUAUAUAACUGAAAUGGUGCCCGUAAACGUUCUAAGUACGAUAGCAUAUGUCGCUCAGUAGAUAUGAGGUUUUACCUUCACGGCACAAGAGAAAUAAUUUGUAAUAUUUAAUAGUAUGGCUUGUAUACGUUCUACAUGAUGUGACGUCACUAUAAAUUUACUAUUGCUGGCUGUAUGUAUACUAUUGGCAAAUAUUUUGCCGAACUUUGAUGGUUUUGACGUGCAUUGUUGGUUUACUACGCAAUGUACUUUGAUCACAGAUAUAAGAACAUAUGUUAUAUAUAAGAAGAUAUGUUCUAUCUGUGACUAUUGAUUCAAAUUGGCAUCCGUGUGAGUUCGGCGAUAGUGUUUCAACGAAGGUAUAAAAAAACAAAGUACAGUCUAUCUAUAGAGUAGAAAACAAAUGAGGCUGUGUGCUCUUAGCUGGCAACACUAGGUGUUCAUCAACCAAUCUUGAACAUUGUAUUGCUAUGACAUAAAAUGAAAAAUGUGGUCGAAAAUCAGUUUUCUACUAAUAUUAGUUUGGACAUGUCUCUACAAAUGACUUUUAUGUAUGUAUGUACUUGAGUUACGCUGUGACCGCGCUGUAACUAGCUUAUGGUAGUGCGAUAGCUGCCGGCUGUAGCAGUAUUGAUGCAAAUAUUAUUAUUUAUAAGUAUUCCUAAUAAAUUGACUCCGAUAUAGAU